AUGUCAGACAACGCCGAAAAGGAGACCACUCCUCAGAUCGAUACGCCUGUGACAAAGGUCGAGAUCACUCCUAACAAGGUCGAAAUCAGCACGGCGCCUGAGACCCAAGCAAUCCCCCAGAACGACAAUGUCGCUCACGCUCUUGCUGGCGCUGGAGGUGGUCUUCUGUCCAUGAUCCUGACCUACCCUCUCAUCACCCUCUCCACACGCGCUCAGGUCGAGUCUAAGAAGGCCGAGAGCAAGUUCAGCGAGGCUGUUGGCAACAUCAUCGCCCGCGAGGGUAUCUCUGGUCUCUACUCCGGUAUUAACUCGGCCCUCUUCGGCAUCAGCGUCACCAACUUUGUCUACUACUACUGGUAUGAAUGGACUCGCGGUUUCUUCGAGAAGGCUGCUGCCAAGGCCGGUCGCGCUGGCGCCAAGCUCACCACCGUUGAGUCCAUGAUUGCUGGUGCUAUCGCUGGUUCGGCCACCGUCAUCAUCACCAACCCCAUCUGGGUCGUCAACACCCGAGUCACCACUCGCCAGCAGGAGAAGAAGCAGGACGUCGAGGCCGGCGAGUCUAAGCCUGCCAAGGCUCCCAGCACCAUCGGCACUCUGCUGCUGCUCCUCAAGAACGAGGGUCCUCAAGCUCUCUUCUCUGGUGUCAUCCCGGCUCUUGUCCUCGUUAUCAACCCUAUUCUCCAGUACACUCUCUUCGAGCAGCUCAAGAACACAGUUGAGAAGCGUCGCAAGGUGACCCCCACUAUCGCCUUCUUCCUCGGCGCCCUGGGCAAGCUGUUUGCCACUGCCAUCACCUACCCUUACAUUACCGUCAAGUCUCAGAUGCACGUCCAGGGCAGCGGUAAGAAGGAGGGUUCCCUUAGCGCUCUUUCUCGCAUCGUCCGUGAGAGUGGUUACUCUGGUCUCUACCGAGGCAUCGGCCCUAAGGUCACCCAGAGCGUCCUCACUGCUGCGCUCCUCUUUGCCUUCAAGGACGUUCUCUAUGAGCAGACCGUUCGUCUCCGAAUGGCCCAGGCCGCUCGCCGACGUGUUGCCGCUUAA